GUCGGGGCCGGGUGUGUGGCGGCGGCCAGGUUGAGGCCGGGCGCGGCGGCGACUAUGAUGCCUGGAGAGACGCCGCUGCCGCCGGCGGGGACGGCUGCCGCCGCGGCGACCUGCGCCAACUGCGGGGUUCUGCAGCAGAGUUUAAAUGAAUAUGUAGCUGCAUUAAUUGCGCUGAAGCAAAAAAUGAUUGAUGGAGAUCGUUUGCUGACAGAGUAUCAACAGAAAUGCACUGAGCUUCAGUUUGCUGAAAGAGAGAUCUCUGCACUUCGUUGCCAAGUGGAACAGAUGCUACAGAAAAUCCUGCCUCUGGAAAAGUGUCAGGAAGAGUUGGGUUCUUUGAAAGCAGAGUUAGAAGAGAAAAAGAGUUCUCUCAAGAUCUAUCAAGAGAGUCAACUGGAGUAUGUUAGGAUUAAAGAAGAAAUAGUAAAAAGUGAUGCUGUGAGAAAGAGACUGGAAGCAAAAGUGAAGAAACUGGAAGAGGCUGCAACAAAGCAUACGCAAGAUUUCAGACAGCUGAAAACUGAAAAGAAGGGGCUUGAAAAGGAGCUAAAGAAGGCACAAGGAAAGCUGGAUGGUGUUUGUAAGGAGAAGGGCAGAAAGAUAGUUAGACAUGCAGAGACUCAGAGUUCUGGUGAAGAUCUUACAACAGAUAUAGACAAAGAAAAAAUAAGACUCUUAUUGAAAGAGCUCUGGAUGUGCAUUGACGGUACAACGGGAAAAAGAGAGAAUUGGGAAAAUGAUUACAUCUUGGCCUUUGGUCAGGAUAAGGCACGGCCUGAAAAAAGAAGACACUUUGUUACACGAGAAACUGUACAAACCCACCAAAAGAUGAGGAAGUCUGACAAAGUGCUACCUUGGCAUUCUGUGCUAGAAAAUGUUGAAAAGCAAAAUUCUGUAACAGACCUGAAACUUUCAGUGGGUACGGAGUCUUCUGGAGAUGACCAUCUUGGAAACAGGACUACUGAAGAAGAUCUGCAAGGUUGUACUAAUGACAGUGCUUUUUGUGAGGACAGAACUGUAAAUGUGAUAGUUCAGACUGAAGGGACACACGGCAGUUCUGACUUUUCUGAUCAGGAGCAAAAUAGCCCAGGUGGAAAUGUGAUGGAUAUAUUAAAUUGGGCCAGACCUCUCCCUGCUCUGCUUUCUCCAAUGCAGCUUUCACCACUAGCUACACAGGAUAUAUUGUUUGGAGAGGUCACGGAUUCCAGCGAUGAAGAAGUUGAUCACAGUGUUUCUGCUGUGGAGGGUAUUUUAGAAGAAGGCAGAGUUCAGCCUCAGAGUUGUUAUAAUGUGUUCAGCCUGAGUGAAGAGUCUCUGUGUGGUCUUGAUGCAGGAAUCUCAGGUAACCUGAGAAACAGUGGAAGGAUUGAACAUACUGGUCCAAAGACGAUAAGCAAGGAGGAGAGAGAUGCUGUAACAAAGCAACCUGAGGCGGCUAUUUUAAUUAUGAACAUGGAAGCUAACAAAGAGCUUUUGAAGGAAAAUUCUGAGAGUAUGAUGGAAACUGAGAAGAGAGAAAUAACUGAAGUAAUAGCACGUAAAUUAGAAGCUAUUCAGGAAGAGAGAGGAGAUAUUGAGGACAUGCCCACUGAAUAUGAAACCUCUUCAACUGAUUGCAUAUUACCCUAUUUCCAGCCUCAGAAUUUGAUGGAAAAAUGUAGUGAGGUAGAGCAAAAAGAGAAUAAUGUAGUCUUAGUUGGAGCUGUUGAUUAUGAGGGUAAGCUUGAAAACCAUGGUGAAUUAAUAAAAGCAGGGGAUGGUUUAUCAGGAGAGAGAGAGACUCCCAGUGCAGUAUCUUUUGCUGAAAAUGUUGUUCACCUGCCACCUGAACAAGGCAUCUUUAUGCUUCAGAAUGAAGAUUCUGAGGAGAAAUCUAAUGUGUUGACAGGGAAUGAAGUAGUUGAAAAUGAAUUCAAAGAUGUAACCAAAUCAAAUAAUAUGGCAAGUGAUACAGAAGAAAACAUAGAACAAAUGUUAAUUGGAGAGGAAGUAACAGCUGCAAUACAGAGAAAAGGACUCUGUACAGAAGCAAAUAAUGAGAGGAAGCUCUCUGAAAGGAUACAGUCUAAUUGCAGUAAUUCUGAAUUCUGUGUAGGAGAGCAUGCUGAGGACCUCAUAAUACAGUGUGAUGGGAAGAAAAGAAGUAUGGAGAUUGACGUAGACACUGGCGCUACUGAGAUCUCUGCUCUCUUUCAGUGCUCUGAAGUAAAACAUGACAGUGAAGAGAUACUGAAGAAACAAUGUGUGCAUAUAGAAAAAUAUCAAGUGGAUGAAGAGUGCAAACUGGAGACUUCUAAUGUCUCUAGACAUUACUUAUUUUUAUCAGCUGCUGAAGGAAUCAGAAAUUCAUUUUAUGUAGAUGAUGCAGACAAAAAUGUAGGUGUGGACAGAAUUCCUUGUUCACCCAUUUCAAAAGAUGAUGAACAGCUCAAAAUUCAAGAGGUGAAUACUACCAAACCUGAGACCAUUGAACAAGCCUUGAAACUGAAGAAAGAAAAUGUUCCAGAAAUAAUUGAAUCAUCAGAAUUACUCCAGAGAACAGAAAAAGGAGUGUUAUUAGAUAUAAAGGAGGGGGAAUCUGUAAAAGUUAAACUACAGCAGGAAGAAAAUGAUUAUAAUUUAUUGCAAAAAAAGUCAGACUUCAAAAGUACACUGGCCCUACCAAAGGCAGCAUGCAUUACUGAUGCAGAAAAUAGUGUAGCCAAGUGUGUUUCACCUGUGUUAGAUUUUACAGAAAGAAAUGGUGAAAUGAAACAAGCUGAAAAUUUGUGUAGCACAUUAGAAUGUGGAUUGUCCAAAACUCAGAACUUAAAAAUGAUUGAGCCUCAGGAGACUAAAUUCCAAGUUAAACCAGAAGGUUUUGGUGGGAAAAGUAGUAUACCAUUAGAAACAGAGAAAGUGGAUACCAUCCAGUCUGUCAUAGCAGAAAGAAAACUAACUUCUUAUGCACAGUUUGCAAAAUGUGUAAAUCAGUUCUCAGUAACUGAAGAUUUUAAAUGUAGUGAAAUAAAAGGGGAAUUAAAUAAGCAAAGCAGAGAAGUGGUGACUGAGAACUGUCUCAGUUCACUUAACUGUGAAGAGAAUGUUGUGAAUAAGAGAAAUAACAUCUCAGAGAUCAUAUGCCAGGCUACUUCAGAAAAAGAUUGUGACGGUGAAUUGGCUUUGUCUACUCAAGAGGUCUUGGAGACAGGCUGUAUAAGUACAGAAGAAACAGAUCCUCCUGUUCAAAUGAAAAUUGACAUGGAAUCCACAGUGCAUGCUGAUCUAGAUUUCGGUCUUCAGAAAGCUGGCAGAUUUGAAACUGAUUUCAUGGAAAAUGCUGCUUCUGCCCAUAUAUGGGAAAACAGGGGAAAUAAAAAAGAUGUUAUGUGUGGUGUGUUUAACUGUUCUUUGGCAAGCUUGGAAGAGGGUUCUGGGAUCUUACCUACUGAAAAAGAGAAAACAUGCAAAGAACUGGACUGCCCUGGGUGUGAAUACACACAUGAAAAUGAACUGGAAAUUCCAAAUGAGAAGGAACAGCCAGUAGAAGAAGAACCUCAACCAUCAGUAGAAACACAGAUCCUGGAUGCAAAUUCCUCUGAUAAUUUCUGUUUCCAAAAGCUUUUUUGUGAAGAAUUAGGAUGCAAGACUUUUAUGUGGGAAACUAGUACAGAUCAGUCUAGAACUGAUGAACUAACAGCUGAGGAAAAAAGCAAAGAAUUGGAGAGUGUUGAGACACCUGAGAAAAGUGAUAGUAAAAGGUCUGAAAGUGCUUUUGAAAUCCCAGAGCAGAGCAAUGAAUCUGAAGAGGAAGACUGUACUGUACAAAAAGUCAGGUAUGUGAAAUGGUCUGACUGUGUUCCAUUGUUCAGAGAGGAACUAAGAGCUUCCAGGACAACUAUGGUGGAUGCUGUGGAAAGUGGUACAGUUGCUGAUGCUGAUUACCACCAAGUAUGUGAAUUUCAUUCAGCAGCGCACCCAGGAAACACUAUGAUAGUUAGUGGUUUAAAAGCAGAUAUUGUAGCAGAUAUGGAUGUGCACUGUGAAAGUAACACCUCUUCAAGUACUGUAAGUGAAUUGUCAUGUUUGUUUGGGGAGGGUUAUCCUAAAGACACCUCAUCUGUGAAAAGAGGGCUUUUAUUAGGGACCUCUGAAAAUACUGAGGGUGCCUGUGAAUGUAGAGGAGAUUCUAAUACUGCUGAGUGGGUUCAUAGCAGUAAGGAAAGUCUGAUAAAAGCUGGAACUUCAAAAGAAAGCCUUGCAAUGCAGAGUGCGCCAAAAAAUAGGUUACCACUAUGCCAGAUGUUAGCGACAUUCUCGGAAACAUACAGACUGACUGUAAAAAACAGUAAAUUAAAUACAAGAAUGUUAGCACUUAGCAAUUUCUUAGAAGUAAAUGAUUCUGGAAAAAUUCAGUCUAAUGUGGAGCAAAGUCUAUUGCGUAGUGUUGAUAUAGGGGUAUCAGUGUUUGAAGAAUAUAGUCGUAAUCAAACUCUUGCUAUUUGCAACUUGAGAGAUAACAACACUGAUGUUAUGCUAGGUGGUUUUCAGCCUUCUCAUUGUUGCAGUUGUACCUCUUGUCCUCGGAAGGACUUUCUGAAUAGUGGUGGAGAAAACUUCUCAGUCAAGCCUCCUCCAAAUCCAACCCUGUCUGAUGCAGUAUGUAAUUCUCAGGCAGCCAGCCAGCCUUCUGAGUUGCAAAAAGCAAUGUUUAAAAAGCCAUGCAUGUUGGAGUUAGGAUCUUGUGUGGAUGGUGCUCUCAAAAAGAGCAAUAAAUUGAAGAGCAAAGUGCAAGAACCAUCUGAAGUCUUGAGUGUUUCAACUGAGACAGCUGUCCAAGUAACACAUGGCAGGCUAUCGAAGAGGCUGUUUCGAGGUAAAGGAAGAAAAAAAACCCUCAAAGUUAAACCGACUCAACCAGUUCUUGAAAGUGCUGAUACAUCUGUGCCAACAAAAUGCUCAUCCGAGACUAUAAAUAAAAUCAGGCAGGAGAUGGGUCCUCCUCUGCCCCCUUUGCUACUGCCUUUACUUGCUACUCCUCCAAAAGCUCCAUAUUCUGCAUCCCCAGUAAUGACUUCAUCUGGUCAAUCCUCCCUGCUUUCUCCUCUUGAUGACCUGAUAUCCCCACUGCGUGAAACUCCUGUUCCUCCUCUCAUGUCUCCAUUGACAGAUACUCCAACGACCAAAUCUGCCCUUUUGUUUUCCCCUCCAUCUCCUUCAGAAAUGGCAGUAGGUAGAAGAAUUCUCUCUUCACCUUUGAAAUUUUGUACUUCCAUUCCAAAGCAUGCACUUCCUGUCCCAGGAAGAUUUCCUCUGUUUGCAGCCGAUAGUGCUGCUCCAGUUUUUGCUCAGGAGAACUCUGUGAAAAUACUGGACACUAUGUAUCCAGAGCUAUCUGCAAGGGCAAGAACACUAAACAUUUUGAAAGGCAAUAUUCAACUUAACCGAAGUGCCCUUUCAGAUGGCCAAAAUUUGCCAGGACCUGUGAGUCAAAUCGGUGGAUUCAAAGCAAUUGCAUCUACAUCGACUGCUUUUGUUAAAACUGGAGGCAAUUUGAAAUCUGAUAGUAGCAAAAAGGAGCACAAAGACAUGCAAAAUCAGCAGUUGUUUUCCAGCUCAUUAGAUCACCUUGGGAAAAGGACAUUAAUGCCGGUAUCUAUGCCAAGAAGUGCAAAGAGGCUGAGGUUGGACAGUGAACCAGCAAAGCUGGAGCCCAGUGACAUUGCUGCUGUCAGAACUACUGAAAAUAAAAUGUCUGAAGUGCAGGGGCCUUUGCAUAUCAAGAGCUGUGAAACCAGUGAUUCAGCACACAGCUCCGUUUCAGAAAUGUCUUUACCAGUAAAGAAGAUUAUUGAUACUGAUUGCCAGAUAGUUACAGUAGCACUGAAGAAAAUUGCUGAAUCCUGUUUUGACUUGUUACCUGUUAUUCGAAGUCAUGUAUAUGUGGGCAAUAUCUCAAAGGUUCCAGUAAUGACAGAUGAAGAGAAAGAAGUUGUCUAUGAAUUUGGUAUCACAAACAAGCACCUAGCAGAGUCACUGCUGCACACUGUUCUCAAUAAACUCAAAACUCAGAAGACCACUUCAAAUCGCAAUUUUAUUCAGGCUCUCUGUAGAGUUUAUGUAGGUAUUUGUCGGCAGCUGGGAGACUUGGAAAGAGCCCGCCUAUUCUGCUAUAGCUUACUUAAAGAAGACUUUCCAGACUCAGAGAAAUUGAUUUUAUUUAUCACAAAUGUGUGGCCUGACAUAUUUUCCUUCCAAGGUGUAAUUAACAAAGCUAUGCAAUUAGUUAUCAGGCAGCGUGUCAAGGAUGAGGUGUUGGCCUGUUUGAAUACUUAUCUUAACUGGGAACAGAAUUCAUCUUUGGAUCCUGGUGUUAUGGUCUCUAGACUGCUUUUAGAAAUGCAGUCAUGUCCGAAAGUAGAAUUUCAAUGGAGUGAGCAGUAUGGAGAAGAUCUGAAUGAAGAUGCUUGGCAGUACAUAUUUGCUAUUGAUCUACUCUGCUCCCAUCUGAAGUGGAAUUGGACACAUGAAAAUGUCAUAAGUAAAGUGCUUUGGCCUUCUAUGGAUAAAUGGAUAAAAACCAGAAAAGGUCAUGAAGUGAUUCAGUCCAUUCCCGAUACUAUGAUAGCUUCAACACUCAGGCUAAUUGGUCAAUUGGGCCAAAUAGGUUUGAAGGAAGGAUAUCUUUCUGCUGUGAGGAAUAUUAGCUCUGUAAUUGGACUGUUCAUACAGCAUGCAAAAGAAGAAGAUGUGCCCUGGGGCGUGCAGCUGGCAGCUGUAUAUUCACUGUGUGACUUGGGUUCAAGCAAUCCAGUAGGUAUUGUUGAGGUCAUCGAUGCUUGGAAAACAACAGCUCUAAACAGCAUCCCUUCUGCUGUCACAAGUGGCAUAGCUGAAAUCACUUCUAUGUGUAGAAUGGACUUAAGCUAAAACCUAGGGAAAUAGGCCGACCUAAAGGAAGAAGUGCCUUAUUUUACUAAGCAGUAUUUCCAGUUAAAAACAAUACAAAGAUGAUGAUCAGGAAAGAAAUGGGGUGUAACGUGGUGUUCGUUUUUUGGGUUUGGGUCUUUUUGUUUUACUGAAUAUCUGAUUAGAUGAUGCAAACUCAAUUAUUUUUAUUUCCCCUUUGUGUUUAAGGAUGGAGAGAUUUUAAAAAAGCAAAGUGGCUUGCUUUUUCAGAUUAAAUCACUAGUGAUCUGAAAGCCAGUAGACCUUUUUCUCUCCUGAGAGAUUUAUGGUUUGAUGUCAAUAGUUUCUGUUGUUUGUCUUCCCUCAAUCUAGAGCACUGGCUAUUUGCCACAAUAGAAGAUUGAGACUGGCUGGAAACCUGCUCUAUUGUUUUAUAUUUUUAUUUAUAAAGUAAGUGCUCAGAUAGCAGAACUUUGCCCAGGUUCUGCUCUGUUUUACCUGAGUAGUCUCAUCAAUUUAAUUUAAAAUACUUGUCCAGAGCAAGUAGGAAUUGUUUUUUUGUGUAACAAUCGUGUAUAGAAUAACAGAGGUAUUAAAUCUCUGAAUUUGUAUAUAUGGUAUAUUCUGAAAAUGUGUUUCACAUUUGAUAUUGUUCCACUUGAGGAAUCUUGUGCAUGUAUAUAGAAAGUUGGUUCAAAAAAGUUCAAAUUUCUAAUGAUAGCUUCACUAUACUCCACAUUUUUGUACCUUUCAUAAUAAAA